AUGUCAUGCGUAGCCGGUCGCGCGCUCGCAAUUGACCCGCGUCGAGCUCGCAACGCGGGGCAGUUCCGCGUCCCGCGUUCGAACGGCGCCCGUUCGCGCGCAACUCGCAUCACUGGCCCGUCCUCCCGCAAAGUGCGCCCGCUCGCUGCGCGCAUCACCCGCGACUAUCUGCCGUCCCCGGUUCUCCUUGAUCGCGACGACGAGCAGACGUCCCGUACUCCGGUGCGUCGCUCUCCCUCUCGAGUUACAGCCCGACCGUCGAUGGCGUUCACCGCUGCACAAGGUAAAUACAUCCUUAUUUUGUGUGUCACUCGUCGCCGUGCCCUCGGCUCCGCACCGUCUUUCCACAGCCCGCCCGCUCGCUCGCUCCCGGUCUUCGACAUACGCUGCACCCGCCUCGCACACCUCGGCCGCUGCAUCUUGCCAUCCAUCUUCCACGGCUGCCCGCCCCGUCUCGACGCGCGCCGUCUCCUCCUCGGCGCGUCUCGCACGGCGGCGCCCACCACGGCCUCCUAUCGUGCGCCAUCACCUCCGUCACGCGUCGUCCAACUUGACGCCCCAGCGGCGCCCCGCGCGAGCGUAGAAGACAGCGCAGUCAGCGCCUGA